AGCAGCAACGUCUUGCUUCAGGUUAGGGAAAGAGCAAGGUGACUACUGCAGACCCAAAGGGGACUUUGGGACGUCUGAGGAAGAGGAAGAGUCUGGGAUUUGCCUUUGGGCUUGGAUUGCUGAACCAAAAUAGCAGGCGCAGCCUGCCAAGAGGAUGACAGUCACUUAUUCCAGCAAAGUAGCAAAUGCCACUUUCUUUGGAUUUCACAGAUUACUCCUAAAGUGGAAAGGCAGCAUCUACAAAUUGCUGUACAGAGAAUUUAUUGUUUUUGCUACUCUUUACACAGCGAUAAGUGUAUUAUACAGAUUUUUUCUUACAGGUAGCCAAAAACGGUUCUUUGAAAAAUUAUCAAUUUACUGUGACAAAUACGCUGAACAAAUCCCAGUAACUUUUGUGCUUGGUUUCUACGUUACUUUGGUGGUGAAUCGCUGGUGGAACCAGUUUGUGAACUUGCCAUGGCCAGAUCGUCUGAUGUUCCUCAUCUCCAGCUGUGUCCAGGGCAGAGAUGAAUAUGGGCGCUUGUUAAGGAGGACUCUCAUGCGUUACGUGAAUUUAACAUCUUUGCUGAUCUUUCGCUCUGUGAGCACAGCCGUGUACAAAAGGUUCCCCACCAUGGACCACGUGGUAGGAGCAGGUUUUAUGACAAGAUAUGAAAGAAAAGUUUUUGAUGACCUUAAGUCUCCUCACCUGAAAUAUUGGGUUCCAUUUGUCUGGUUUGGAAACUUAGCAUCAAAGGCACGAAAAGAGGGAAGAAUUCGAGACAGUGUAGAUCUGCAGACACUGAUGAACGAAAUGAAUAAGUACCGGUCUUGGUGUAGUCUUUUGUUUGGUUAUGACUGGGUUGGAAUUCCACUGGUCUAUACCCAGGUUGUUACUCUCGCAGUCUAUACUUUUUUCUUUGCCUGCCUGAUAGGGCGCCAAUUUUUGGAUACUGACCAAGGGUAUCAGGGGCAUGACUUAGAUCUUUACAUUCCAAUCUUCACACUGUUACAGUUCUUCUUCUACGCAGGAUGGCUCAAGGUUGCUGAACAACUUAUUAAUCCAUUUGGAGAAGAUGAUGAUGAUUUUGAAACUAACUGGUGCAUCGAUAGAAAUUUACAGGUCUCACUCCUGGCGGUGGAUGAGAUGCACAUGAAUUUACCAAGGAUGGAGAAAGAUAUUUACUGGAACGAUUCCUCUGCCCGGCCACCCUACACAAAAGCAGCUGCUGAUUACUGUAUUCCUUCAUUUCUUGGCUCAACAAUUGAAAUGGGGCUGGCCGAUACUGAAUUCCUCUAUGGAGAAGAGUGGCCCUGGGAAGAGGAGAAACACCGAAGACAACAUUCAGUGCUGAGAAGAGUCAAGAGAUUUCUCAGUGUCCAUGAGGGCCCUUCGUCCCCAGCUCACCGGCGCUACAGCCGGCAGACAAGUGAGAAUUCAGUGUUUUUCCCAGCAGAUGAAAAAGGGCACAUCAGACGGUUGCAAGAAAUGCACACAAGAGGGAGACACUCUACCUCAAGCUUCAAGAAGAAACAUGAAGCAGUUGACAGAAGUAACAGAUUCCAUAGCAGCAGAGAUCUAGGACCCAUAACUGAAACCUCAAGGAAUGAGGCACAGUUUGACGAGAGUGACACGUCAUCCGAGACAAACAAGCCAGUUCCUGAGGUCGUAAUCUCUGAAGCUGAGGAGAAAGCGCCUGAUGUGCUGGGCAAACCAGAUCUGCAAACAGAGCACACUGCAGGCAUGCCAGAAGAGGAGUUCCAAAGGAGCCUAAUUGAGGCAAAAGUGUCUCUUCUGGACCAUCCUUUUCCCCACCCAGAAAUUACUACGUACCUCCCAGGCUCUGAGGUGCACCAGUCACUUCCUACUGUGAUAGGGGAGCCCAAACAUGAGCCCCACGGUAGUAACAUAGCUGGUUUCAUAACAGAUCGUGAGAGAAACCUUCAGCGAUGGAGUUUACCAAGCUUCCAUAGUCAUAGUACAGCGUCAAAUGCCAACACUGCACCACCUUUAACAGAUUCUGGGACAACUUCCCAGCAAAGGACCUUCAGUGAUGGAAAAAAUGUUAGUUCUGCUGCUGCUCCAGAGGCGUUUGAGAUGCAGCACUUAUGGGAAAACCUGGAUAGUAAAGAAACAGCGAUAGUAGAAUUUUCUAAUGAGAAAAGUGAAAGAAAACUUUGACCAUGCUUCCCCUGGGUCUAACAGAACUUCCUGUCUUCUCUUGAAAGUGGUUCUCACACAGGUUUGCUAAAAGUGCAGAAAGGCAGACAGGAUGCUCAGACAAGUCCUGAGCAAGAUGGAAGUCCUGAGCAAUGGAAGAUUUGGGUGCCUAAAUAGGAGGCAUUGUGGUGACAUGCUUUAAGCCACUUGGUCGCUGGCCUGAAAUUAUGACCCUGUGGGGAAAACAUUUAUGGGGAGAACUGGGAGCCUCAGGAGUGGAUGCAAACCAGCCAGUGCACGCAGCAGUGAGCUGUGCAGGCUCACCUAGAGGAAACACUAAGAAGAGUGGAGGUGGCUCUGUCCACUAUGGAUCCACCCCAGGCAAUGCUACAGUUGGCCAGUCCUUCAGAUUAAGGUCCAUGUCAUCCUUGCAAGACCCACCAACAGUUUUGGUUUCUACUCAGGUGGCUAGGAGGAGAGGUGUGGGCUCAGUUCCUUUGUCAGCCUGGAGAGGUUCAGCCCACCAUCUCUUACUGCCUGGAGGAACCCUUGAAAAAUCAGGCUCCUCGCCUGUGUCGGUCAAGAGCCUGCCCUGUUCCUGCUGAAGCUAUGCCACUACAGAGUGGAAAAAUAAAAGGAUUAAAUGCUUAACUUCGUUACGAAUAAUAGAAAAGUCAAAACUGCUGAUGAACUGAGCAUGGGAGGUGUGAGUCUUGGUCUCGACUCCUUGGAGCACGUAUGUGGCGUACCCAGUGGCUGUUUAUUGUAAAAUGGUGUUCCCAUGUGGCCUCCGUAGUGAUGAAAGGACUGUGGCACUCUCUCAAGAGGUGAUGGAGCUGCAGGGACAACUGAGCUUAGGGGUCCACUCUUGCAGAGAUCUUCAGCUGGAAGCACACAAGCUGCAGUCACCCUAAGGAAACAACCAAAUGGCCCAGGGCUGCUAGCAAAAAUUGCUCUGCACUUCCUUCCCCCCUACGUGUUCCCAUGCUGCCCAGGCAUACCACACACACAUUCUCCAUUAACCCAAACCUGAGCCAGCAUUAGGUGGCUCCUGCAGCUCCAGGAGUGGCCAAGCUACCUCCCUACACCUUCUGGUAGCAACCCGGCCUUUCAGCUGCCACUCCUGCAAAAAGUCUCCAAGCAGGCCCUGGAAGCAGCAGCAGCUCUUUGUUUUUAGCUCUCACCCACAUCUACAUGAAUGCAGUCCAGAGCGUGAUGCCAGCAUUCCCCCACAAGUGAGUAUCCAAGUAGAUGGUCUUCCUAGACAAGGGAGAGGCCAGGUGUCUCAGGGACUGGGAAGAACAGAGAGAGGGGGAGACAGAAAAUGAUGGGGCUGCAACAGCCAGCAGGCAAUGUGGAUAGCAAGUACACCCAGCUCUUUUGCUCAGAAGGUUGCACUUCAGACAACAAACCAGCGUCUCUGCCAGGGUAACUGGUAGCACCAGUAGCAUCUGGGAGUCUUCAGGGUCCCCUGAUGCUGGGAAGGGAAUGAAUGGACCUGCCUGCUCCUGCUCCUCUGGCCAACAGCUGUGGUAAGGAGCCCUUCCAGUAGGCUAUCACAUACAGCAGGACUCUGCUAUCUCAUCUGGGUAGGCUUUGAAAAAAAAUCAACCACACUUCCCAAUUCUACUUCUUCCAGCUUUGUUUCAGUCUGGGAACUGGCUCCUGUUGUGGUGCAUUAGCCAUCGUCUGAGCGGCGCCACCCUUUCAAAUCCUUCAAAGACACUAGACAAAAGCACGUGUAUCCCCAUCAGUUUAGGAAGCAGACAACACUUAACCCAGGGAAGAGCUGCUUGAACUCAUGGGAAUUUCAGGUAUGCAGAAAAGUCAAGCACAGAUUUCCCAGGCACUUAUGGAGGCAUUUCUUCACACUGUGAGAGGAGGUGAUGCGGGUGUCUGACAGCAGCUGAGCAGCGAGGUUUGAUCACAGUUUUGGAGUAAGGUGUUCUGGUGCACCUUCACUCUUGCUACUUCUUAAGUCCUCACGCAAAUCAAGUUGCUAUGUUCAGGUUUGACAACACAAUGAGGACCCCAACCAAGGGAUAUUAUAUUGAAAUAAACAGCACCUUAGCUUAGCAGUCCUCUUUUCUGGCUGGCCCUUACUAGGCAAUACCCAGCUUCUGGCAGCAUCCUCUAGCUUUUCAGUCAUCAGAGCCCCAGAAUGCUGACUGUCCCUAGGGAAAAGGACUCUCUUGGCCUGUGAUAAUGCUGGAAACACAUAGUUAUCCCUUCCCUACAUCAAUAGAGAAAAAAAAAAUAUUUUCCUCCAGCAUUUCCUCUUUCUUCCCUAUUCCCUAUUUCUUCUUUUAGCUGAAGCCACACUUUUCAAUUCAAUAUUGUCUCAAUUUAAUUGCAUCUGCAACUGUCAAGGAACUUCAUUUACCGAUGAGCUUAACUUUAACAAAUGGCGAAUUUAUAGUGUAAAUGAGAAAUUUUAAGGCUACCCAGGCAGCUAGACCCAAAGAUAAAGUAACUGCUGCUCUCCCUGGGAGCCUGAAGCACUCCUCCAUAGCACUUCAUUAAAGACAGGAGAGGACUACAGGUUUCAGGGCAGUUUGGCUGUACCCCUCCCAGCUGCACAUGUACAGGAAGGGUUUUCAGCAGCUAUGCAGGAACUCUGCCUAUUAGCUAGUUCUCUCUUCUCACAGUACAUAAGGUUGAGGAACUGUGCUUCUCUCUGUAAAGGAAUUUAAGCCAGAAAUGAGAGAUGACUGUAAAGUGGCCACUACGACUCUGCACUGAGGGUCCCAUCCCAUCCCAUCUCCUCACUCAUCCUUCACACAGCUUGCACCAGGGCUUAAGGUGUUGGAGCCAAGUGCUCACCCUGUCCCCCCAACCCAAGCAUCAGCAUGUUUCAUCCCAGCCUGAAGAAGCCUUCCCAGCUUCUCAUCAUCCAACUCUGCUCAUCUUCCAUCAUCUUCUCAGCCUGGCUGCUACCUAAGGUGCACACUGGUGCUUUCCAGUGGGACAUUACGCAUCUCAUGAGCCAUGAUUUUGUUACCUCUCCCACUCACUCUGCAAGCACUCUGUGGCCCAGCAACUGUCUUCAUUCUUCGAUGGAGGCUAAGGGUGGCCACACAGUAGCCAUUAGGUAGAUAAAAGCUUCAGUUAAGUCCUAUGGAGGUGUCUAUUAGGCAUGUAGACACAUGUUAAAUUAGGAAUGACAGCUCUGAAGUCCCACAAUGUAAUCUCCAAUACACAAAUAGCAUUUCACACAUAGCAGGCCAGUUCCAGGUUAGCUAUAAUAUUCUCUUAACAAAGAGAAUAUUUGUAAAGGAGCUAGCACAGGGAUGAGUUAUCAGAAAAAUUCCGUCUCCACAUUUAGUCUGUUAUCUCACUUUUGCAAACAUCUGUGGGCUCUGAUUUGUAUUAAAUUAUCUUUUUGGAUUAUGUGCUCUCUUAGGCACUUCUCUCAGUUAACUAUUUGCCUUAGCCUGGUAAAGGGACUAUUUUAGCAAAUCCAACAAUUUAUAAUUCAUGUUCACUGGUAUAAACAAUGUCAAAUUAUUGCAUGAAUAAAGGCAUUUUGAGAAACA